GUGAUAAGGUUCAUAGCGAUAGUUUAAAAAGUAAAAUAGAGUUUCUAAAAGUGGAAGCUUAUCAACGAAGUGGCAGGGCAAUCAUUAUUGCGAGAUCAAAUGACUUUAGUGUAGAUUGUUUGAGGCUCAGUUUGUUUGAGGACGAAGUUGAAAUCACGGAGUUAGAG